AUGGGCAAGCGCAAGUCAUCGAAGAAGCUCGCGCCCAAGUUCAGAGCGCAGCCGCUGGACAAGUCAUUCCGGUGUUUGCUCUGCCAAGCAACGGGGACCUGCGCAGUCACGAUGGACCGGCAGAAGCUCGUGGGCACACUCAAGUGCACAGACUGUCAUGCAAAGUAUGCGACAUCCAUCAAUCACCUGUCGGAACCCAUCGACGUCUUCUCAGACUGGAUAGACGAAGCAGACCGCCUGGCCAAACGAGCAGCGUCCAAAGCAGCGGCAAGGCAAGCAGAUCGGGACGAGCAUCUCGACGGGCCUGAAGAGGACCAAGACGGUCUGACGCCAGAACCGGACAGCAGGCCGCCACCUCAGCGUAAGCUACCCAAGACGGCAGACGAGUACGAUGAGGAAGACGACGACGAAGAGGCUGAUCUGCCUGAUAUUCCUCAGACCAAGCGUCAGCGUGUGGAAGACUCCGACGAGGACGAGUGA